CGCGGCCGGGCCCGGCCAGGUGUCGGGGGCUGCUAGCCGGCGGAAGGGAGGCGGAGCCGGAAGUAAGGCUCUCCGGAAGCGGAAGCGAGGCUCGCCGUCUUCUCGCGAGAAUGCCAGGGGGCGUGCCUCCGAGGGCCGCGUCCUCGUAACCAUAGGGACGCGCCCGCCCGCCGCUCCGUCCUGGUCAGCGCUGAGGGCCAGUGAAGGACCCCAGGUCAGCGCUGAGGGCCAGUGAAGGAUGCUAACUAAGCUAAAGAUGGAACCCCCCCAAGGGAUUCCUUCUCCUGAUUAUCAUGAGAGUGAUAUAGUUGUGGAAAGAUACCUGGCAGAGUUGGAGGAGUCUGUGCCCCAUGUCCAGCUUGCCUGCAGCACACAGUACUGUGCCUUCCCUUUGCAUGGGAACCAGCUCUGCGUGUGGGACACCACCAGUCCUCUGCACCAGCAUUUAAUCUUACAAGGACACCAUCAUUCAAUCACUGCCAUGGCUUUUGGAAAUAAACUGGACCCACCUUUAGUCUGUUCUGCAUCACAGGAUUAUGUUAUCAUGUGGAACCUAGAUGAAUGCAGAAAGAAGAUUCUUCAAGGGCUGAUUCCUCAAGGGACUGUUGUCGGCACCCUUCUGGGAAGAGUACUUUGUGUGAGGUUUGACCCCCAUGACCACUUUGUUGCAGUGUGUGCUGGAAACAAAAUCUUCAUGCUGGAUGUGGAGAAGCACUCUGUGCAGGUGGAGCUGCAGGGCCACUGUGGCUCAGUGACGGCCGUGGAGUUCUGUCCCUGGCAAGCAGAAGUGCUCAUCUCAGUGUCCGAAGACAGGAGCUUUAAGGUCUGGGACCAUUGUAUGGGAUCAUUAAUAUACAGUUCAUCCAUUUUAACAGCGUACCCUCUCCUGAGUCUUCUCAUCCACGGGGAAAGCAAGCAGCUUGUCACGGGGUGUGCCGAUGGCCAGCUUCAGAUCUUCAGUUUGAUGGAAGGACAUCAUUACCGCCGUGUGGCAUGUGUGGACUUAAGGAAGAAGAGUGAGACCUUCUCCACCAGAAGGGGAAAGCCUGGACCACACAGACUGCCAGGAGGGGAUCAGCAGCUGUGUGGUAAGAAGGUAGACACAGAAGAGGUUGAAGCAGCUCUGCCGGUCCUCGUGCUUGCUCACUGUGCACUUCCACACGUUCCUGCUGCUGAGCACGGCAUCACUGAAUGUGUGUGGAUUGGAAGCUCCAUUGGCUUAUUUGUAUUUAACAUGGCAAGCUUCGAAUUGGAGGCUGAUUUAUACUUCAAGGAUUUUCAGGGCCUGAGCAUCCAAGUUGCUGGAUCCUGUGCGGUGAUGAGUGACAGCGUUAAUGACCAGGCAUUUUGUGUACUCACGUCCAUGUUUGGGAGUCAGAUUGCAGUGUUGGAGAUCAGACUGUCCAUGCUUGUGUGCUCUCAGCAGUGCCACCAGGAAGGGGCAGUGCUGUCCGUGCUGCCCAGCUCCUGUGUCCUAUCCACUUCUCCACUGCAUGUUGGAAUUUCUAAGGACAAAAGUCCCAAGCCUGCUAAUCAAAAGCGACCUGCUAAGCAGAGAGUUGUGGAGGACCGGCCUCUAGUGUUCCACACUAAAGUCAGGUCAUCUGGCUACGCAUCAGCACCAUGUGUAACCAUGUUUUCACCAAAGACUAACAUCAAGCAUGAUGGCAAAAAAUUUUCAAAAUGCAAGAACAACUACAAAUGUGAGGGCUACCCUUUGGAGGGUCCUGUGCCAUGCAGACCCAGCAGGCAGGUGGCGGUGGCCCCGGAGCCGGUGGCUGUGAGCUGGAUCCAGUACUCAGGAGACGGACAGCGGUUGGCCUGUGCCUUAGCCAACCAUCUUUCCCUGGUCUUUGAUGCCAGCCUUAAGGGAACCCCAGCUGCGCUGUCAGGUCACAAUGGAGCAGUGAGCACUGUCUGCUGGAGCCAGGACAGGAGGUGGCUGCUCUCCACAGCCCAGGAUCGGACCCUGCGGGUGUGGUCAGCCUGCAGGGCGGAGCUCGUACUGCUUUUGGGCAGAGACAUGUUUCCUAAGCCAGUCCCGUCUGCGCAGUUCUACUACAUGGACACUUUCAUGCUGGUAGCAUCUGGCCCUGAUCUCCGGCUACUGAAGAUUCACCUUGACUCUCACAGAGAUGAGAUGAAAAGGUAUAAACCGAAGAGCUGGUGCAAGGCCGUGUUCUGCCGCUCCAUGACAGGCUCAGCAAAUGUGACCACCUUGUCAGCAGUGAACGACUUUUACUCUUACUUGGUGCUGACAGCCGGUAGAGACAGGACUUUGGAAGUUUUCGACCUCAAUGUGGGCUGCAGUGCUGCGGUGAUAACAGAAGCCCACUCCCGGCCCAUCCAUCAAAUUUGUCAAAACAAAGGGUCAUCAUUUACCACCCAGCAGUCUCAGGCAUACAAUCUUUUCCUGACCACGGCCGUCGGUGAUGGGAUCAGACUGUGGGACUUGCGGACCCUGAGGUGUGAACGCUGUUUUGAUGGACAUCCACACUGUGGCUACCCGUGUGGCCUGGCUUUCAGUCCCUGCGGACGGUUUGUGGCCUGUGGUGCGGAGGACAGACAUGCUUACGUCUAUGAAAUGGGCUUAAGCACCUUUUCCCACCGGCUGCCAGGACACUCAGACACUGUCACCACGGUGGCCUUCAAUCCCUCAACUCCCCAGGUGCUCAGGAAAUCCUUGGGAGUUGUAGCAGGAGCUGUUGGGAUCCUGGACAGACAUCGGCAAAGAGAGGAAGUCAGUCUGACUGCUACUGAGGAAAGAGGACCAACGCAGGUCCCCCAGAGAGGUCUGUGUGAGCAUGGUUACUGAGCAGUGUGUAGGGAGGCUUACAGGGACAUUUUCAAGAUAGCUUAGCUGUUAAUGGUUUUAUUAGUUAAAUUCCAGUGUGGUAAGAGAUCGUUCUAUGCCCUACAGAAUUUAUUGAGAACUAUUUUUAAGUUUAUUGAGGCAUAGCUUAAGUUUGUUCAGAUGUAUUUGAUGUCCCAGCACGCGGAACACGCUGGUCAGUAUUUUGUGAAUUCUAGUAAAGAAUGUGUACUUGGUUUUUGUUGGGAGAUCUCUUUUAGAAUGUCAAUUAGGUUAAGUUUAUUCUUGCUGUUGUUCAGUUUGUUCAUAUUUUUCCCCCGGUAUUUUCUAUGUGGCUUAUCUUUUACUAAAAGAAUGGUAUUGGAAUUUCAGUUUGCUUUUGUGAAACUGUUUGAUUUUCCUCUUAGUCCAAAGCAUUGUACUUUGUACAUUUUGAAGCUCUUCAUUGUCCUACCAAUCAGUUAUUUUGCCAUUUUGAAAUGUUUCUGUUUAUCUCAAUAGCACUUAUUGUCUUGGCUCAGCAUUCCUU